AUGUCUAUUAUUCUAGCUACCCCACCUAGUUUAGCACUAACCGCAUCAGAUUUCUUCGCCUCUGACUUAUGCACAGUGAAUUCCACAAUCAAAAAAGUUUGUCUAAAUGACACGAUAUCAAAACUUGGAACAUGUUACGAGGACUCAUGUUGUACCAGCUUCGAGACCGCAACAUCAUGGCACUACCGUAUAGCUCAAGGAUCUCACGUAGUGUUCAGCUGUCUUGGGAUAAUAGUAAUUGCGAUUUAUGUAUUGAAAUAUGCAUCGAAACAUAUGUUACCUACAAAUGUCAGGGUUCUUGUUUCCAUUAUGUUGCUUUUGAUGUUUGCCCACUCCAUUGACAUGAUUAUGAUACAUGUCUACCACAUUUCCAAAUCCUUCCAAGCCAUCGCAACCAUCCCAUGCUCCGUGAGAGUUCAAGUCUCCUUCUGUGCUCUUUUCCGCUACACCUUCUCAUUCUGCACAUUGGGUUUAGCAUUCUGUCAGUAUUGUCUUUACAUUGACAGGCUUUUCUGUGCAUUGUAUAAUAACUAUUCAAAGUAUCAAGAUGUGAUUCAGUACGUGCUAGUUCUGAAAUGGAUUUCUAUGACUGCUGGGAUCAUUGUUUGGGUUUAUCGAGAGGAAGACUCGGAUUCAUAUCUCCUAUCCUGCCUGAACAUCCCUCUUGACUCAAUGGUAGAUCUCAGUUUUGUCACCGCCGCUGUGUUUCCUAUCAAUAUUGUUUGUUGUUUUCUAUCAGUGAUAAUGUUUCGGCAUUUCAAGAAAAAGGAGAAUCGAACCCGCUUCGAACUUAACAGCCACUUCACUGCCGCCGUUGACGUCGAGUCUUCUGAAUUCCUGUACAUCGUCACUAUCAGUCAAGCCAUUUUCAUUGUCAUUUAUCCAGUACUAUCCCUAUCCAUGAGAUUUUUCUACGAGGACACACCCAGACCCCUGCACUUGACUUUUGCCACUCUUUCUUAUGUAUUCAGCAUAUACUGUUUUGUCAUUCCAUUCGUUAUGAUUGACUAUGGCAGGAAACGGGAUGAUACCAGGAGGACAAGGAUUUGGAGUCAUGUUAAAUUGAAAUCAGUUGGAGCCGAAGGAGCCGAUAAUUAUUUUGGAAUGAUGAAAUCUCAAUGGGAGUGA